UUUUGAUCCUGCUAAGUGGCUCUUCGAUUUUAUGGAUCUCACUGUGCUGUCGAUGCCCUUCAAAGCAUUUGUGCUAGCACUCGCCCUGUCUGGUUUUGCCUGUUCCUGGCUAGCGGAGAGGUGGGUGUUCCCGCAUUUAGCGAGCGCGAUCGGCAAGGCGAAGACGGCUCUCCUCCCUUUGCCGCCCAAAAAGCGAAAGGAGUACAAAAUAUUGAAGGACGAAAUGUGCCAGUCGUGAGUUGCUAUCAAUCGAGCGUGUUGGUUUUGGAUUGAAAGGAGAAACAGGGUUAGGCCAGCUGGCGGUUGUAUAUAAGUGUAUAACGUAACCAUUAAUUUAUCUUUGGCAACAAAUAGUAAGGAUCUAUGCAGCCAGCGAGUGUAGGAUAUUUUUCAUGACGUCAACAUAUUGGAGAUCGAUCUCAAUUCACGAUGCAAAUGGGGAGGAGCUGCAAAAUUGACGAUGCCCGAUGGCUCCAAAAUACAACACUUUGACUUGUGACAGAUUACAGAAGAGAGGGCUACUUCAGGCUCACCUAAAUCAUACAGACGCAACUGCCUGCAUUCGGUCCCAUAUGAUCCUUCAUUUGUCAAGAAACUACAUGGAUACAGACUGGCUCAUUGACGGCGGUUUUCUGCCGGAGUUUGUCAUACGGCUAGGAAUUCGGCGCCAAUUGAGAGACCGUAUCGAAUGCCUUAAGAGUGCCUCCACAGCGGAACAAUAUGCGCGAAAGAUGGAUUACAUUGACCAAAGUCGCAAUAAUCAAAUUGCAAUUCAUACUCAUAAAGCCAAUACACAACAUUACGAAGUCGACGCAGGCGUGCUUGCUGCAUGUCUCGGGCCACGGAUGAAAUACUCAUGUUGCCUGUACCCUACAGGAGCUGAGAGUUUAGGUGAAGCAGAGUCGGCUAUGCUCGACAGCUAUAUACACAAGGCUGAUUUAAGGAACGGUCAAAAAAUCUUGGAUUUAGGCUGUGGCUGGGGAUCUGCUGCACUUUAUUUUGCGCACAAGUUUCCGAACGCCCACGUCGUCGCUUUAUCAAAUUCGAAAUCUCAAAAAGAAUUUAUUGAACAGAAGGCUUUGAACGCUGGAUUGACCAAUCUCAAAGUUUUGACAGCUGAUGUGGCAAUUUAUGAAUUGGAAAGGAAUUACUUUGAUCGAAUUAUAUCAAUUGAGCUCUUCGAGCACAUGAAGAAUUACGAGAGCUUGCUUCAAAAGCUCUCUGGUGCAUUGACGGUUGGGGGAAAGCUUUUUGUGCACCUUUUCUGUCACAAGAAUACACCCUACGACUUCGAAGAUGGCUGGAUGAGUCAAAACUUCUUCACUGGUGGGACAAUGCCAUCUGCAGACUUGCUUCUCUACUUUCAGAAGGAUCUUACCCUUCGACAUCAGUGGUGGAUUUCGGGCACGCAUUACGCCAGGACAUGCGAGGAUUGGCUUUCAAAAUUGUGCCGCAAUCGAGUUGAUGUAUGGCCGCACUUAGUUUCAACUUACGGCUCUGAGAACGCCCUCGUCUGGUAUCGAAGGUGGCAAGUCUUUUAUAUGGCCUGCGCGGAAUUAUUUGCUUUUGAUGGAGGUGAAACUUGGGGAGUAUCGCAUUAUUUAUUUGAAAAGACAAAGUAACGCCCUGGUUACAAAAGAAAUUGCCGGCGGGCAUGGCUCCACGCCCAUGCUUUCUAAGCGUUGCUACAGUAGUUAUAUAGGAAAUCCUUGGCUCACUCGAGCGGACUAUCGCACAGAGAAUCCGUGAAUAUAAAAAGAAUGAAAGCUAUAAAUAACUCUUCAAUUGUUCACGAGGUCAUAGAACGGUCGAAUGCGGAUUCAGCAACCAGCUCUUCUCGAGUCCUCUCGUGACAAAAGUGCCAUUGUAUCAAUGAUCCCAAGGAUGCUUCAGACCCAGAAGAGCUGGACCAUCUCUUUUAGCCCGGUACAUCAACUUACAAUGAAUUAGCAGCGUCAAU